UUCAUCCGAUUUUAGCAUGUCGACUCUGUCUCUCCUUCAGUUGAAAAAUGCUCGUGCUCCCUCUUCAGGGUGUUAGCAUUUGAAACGAACGGAUUAUAUUGCUCACUGCUUCUUCUUCAAACCGUUUUACCCACAUUAUGGAGAAAUGUUCUUUUUCAUAUGUCAAGUGAUAUCUAGCGAUAACAAGUGAAAGUGAAAAGUAAACAAGUUCUGUUCUGUGCAGUGACUGUGACGGAAUUUUGCAACAGCGGUUUAAUUGCUAUUUUGGAAAAUUUGUUUCAUUAUUUUUGAUUUUUUUGUUUUAUUUUGUUUUAUAUAAAAUGUCUUCGAGCAAUGACAGUAAUAUUUACCGGCGACGAAAGCGCAAUUUGGAGGAAUUGGAGCAGCAAACCGACGCUGAGUGGAGCCAGCUAUCAUUUAAGACCAGACCAGAUGGAUCCAUAGAAAUUCCUUGGCCAAAUAUGUCAAGUGACGAACCCGUAAAUACUAACAAUGGUGAUGGUGAAAGUGCUAACAAUUUUUUGGAAGGUGAUUUUGGUACUAACAUAGACGAUAUUGUAGGUAGUUUGGGUAUGGAUAGUGAUCACCUGGAUGCCGAUCGUGACGGUGAUGAUAAUAUCACAGCAGGUUUGGGGAAUUCUGGUAUCAAGGGAUUGAGACGGUCCUGCAACAACAUUUUCGAAAUGUCAUUCCCGAAGAAGACCUUUUUACGAUUCAAGUGUCUAUCGACGGGCUUCCACUCUUCAGAAGUUCAAAACGGCAACUGUGGCCGAUACUGA